CCCAGCGGCGGAUCGGAGAACACCGCUCAUCACACCGUGGACCGGACGUGCAGGAGGACUCACCAUGAUCCGCACCGUGUUUUCUCGGACUUAUCCCGGACUGAGUGGACUGUCGGCGCGUCUCUACUCGGCCGCUGCCAUCCCUGCACCCAGCACCCAGCCAGAGGUCCACUUCAACAAGCUGUUCAUCAACAACCAGUGGCAGGAUGCAGCGAGUGGGAAAACGUUCCCCACCAUCAACCCAGCUACCGGGGAAGUCAUCUGUCAGGUGGCAGAGGCUGAUGAGGCAGAUGUAGACAAGGCAGUGAAAGCAGCACGUAAUGCCUUUAGGUAUGGGUCACCAUGGCGACGGAUGGACGCCUCUCAUCGCGGCCUGCUACUCAACCGAUUGGCCGACGCCAUUGAGAGGGAUUCUGCCUAUCUGGCUGAGCUGGAGACCCUUGACAAUGGGAAGCCAUACGCUGUUUCCUACACUGUGGAUCUGCCCACUGUGGUGAAAUGUCUCAGAUACUAUGCAGGCUGGGCUGACAAAUGGGAGGGGAAGACCAUCCCAAUCGAUGGAGAUUAUUUCUGCUACACCAGACAUGAACCCAUUGGAGUCUGUGGACAGAUCAUACCGUGGAACUUCCCUCUGCUGAUGCAGGCCUGGAAACUUGGCCCUGCACUUGCAACCGGUAACACUGUGGUGAUGAAAGUUGCAGAGCAGACACCGCUCACAGCCCUAUAUGUAGCCAACUUGAUCAAAGAGGUGGGUUUCCCUGAAGGUGUUGUGAAUAUCCUGCCUGGCAUGGGGCCGUCAGCAGGUGCUGCCAUAUCAAGGCACAUGGAUGUUGACAAGUUGGCCUUCACUGGAUCCACAGAGGUGGGUCAUCUAAUCCAGCAGGCAUCAGGCAAAAGUAAUCUGAAGAAAGUCACACUGGAGCUGGGAGGAAAGAGCCCUAACAUCAUCCUGUCUGAUGCCAACAUGGAAGAUGCAGUGGAGCAGUCCCACUUUGCUCUGUUCUUCAACCAGGGUCAGUGCUGCUGCGCUGGCUCUCGAACCUACGUCCAAGCUGACAUCUAUGAUGAGUUUUUGGAGCGAAGUGUUGAGCGCGCUAAGAGACGAGUCGUUGGAAACCCUUUUGACUUAAAGACCGAGCAGGGACCUCAGGUGGAUCAGGAGCAGUUCAACAAGAUUCUGGGCUACAUCAGCAGCGGGAAGAAGGAGGGAGCCAAGCUCAUGUGCGGAGGUGGAGUGGCUGCGGACAGAGGAUACUUCAUCCAGCCCACUGUGUUUGGAGACGUCCAGGACAACAUGACCAUUGCCAGGGAGGAGAUCUUUGGUCCAGUGAUGCAGAUUCUGAAGUUCAAAACAUUGGAGGAGGUGGUAGACAGAGCCAAUGAUACUAAGUAUGGUCUAGCAGCCGCUGUGUUCACGAAGGACAUUGACAAGGCCCACUAUGUCUCCAAUGGGCUCCGUGCAGGCACAGUCUGGAUUAACUGUUAUGACGUGUUUGGGGCUCAGGCUCCGUUCGGAGGUUACAAGUCUUCAGGUAACGGCAGAGAGCUUGGAGAGUACGGUCUGGACAACUACACAGAAGUCAAAACGGUGACGAUCAAGGUUCCACAGAAGAACUCUUAGACGUGAGCCCAGUCCACCAUGAAGCAGCUGAGAGGAGACUCCCCUCUGUGAUCUGUCCUGAGUAAUUCUACUGCUUUCUGUCACACAUGCACAGUUCAUACCUGUUGAAGCAGGAGGAGUCCCAUUUGUUUAGUACUGUUCACUACUAGACCUUCUCUUGGUUUAAAUGUGUAAAAUCUACACCUUGAAUAUCUCAGAAUUGUGAACAGAGUACUCCAUCCUUGAUUAAUUACUGAUGAUGUCACCAGAAUAUAGAAAACUCUGUUCAUUACUAUGUUACAGAUACCUUAAUUUUUCCACCUGCUUUGAUAUAAUUGUGAAACCAGUCACAGUAUCUUUAUAUUCUGUGGACUAUGGGAUUUCUUAUUUUUCAGAAUAAAUCAUUUAAACCAA